AUGGGGAAGAUCAUCUUUUAUGAAGACAGGAACUUCCAAGGACGCUCUUAUGAGUGUAACUCUGAUAGCUCCAACUUACUGUCUCUUUUCAAUCAUUGUGGCUCAAUCCGUGUUGAACACGGUAACUGGAUGAUCUACGAGUUUCCUAAUUUCAGGGGAUGUCAGUUUUUCUUGAAGAGAGGCGAAUAUCCUGAUUUUAACCAAUACCUGGGCUUUGGAGAUACCAUCAGAUCCUGCAGAAUUAUUCCCCAGCAAACAUCAUGCAAGCUUAGAGUCUAUGAGAAGGAAGACUUCAAAGGCCAAAUGAUGGAAUUUACAGAAGAUUGUCCACAAGUUUAUGAGAAAUUCCGCUACCAUGACAUCCACUCAUGCAAUGUCCUUGAAGGCCAUUGGAUAUUUUAUGAUGAGCCUAACUAUAAGGGUCGUCAGUAUUACCUGAAGCCAGGAGAAUACAGGAGAUGCAGUGACUGGGGUGCAGUAAACAGUAGGGUUGGCUCUUUUAGAAGAGCCACAGACUUUCAAUAA